CCGCGGACUGUCAGCGAUCUGCUGUCGAUGGCCUUCGUCCUGACCAUCGCGCCCCUCUUGUACUGGUUCGGGUUGUGGGUCGUCCUGCCAGGACUGUACGGGGACGAGAAGCUGGCGUACACCCUCCACUUCGCCCUCGGCAGCUUCAUCAUGCUGAAUAUCGUUGGUAACUUCACGUACACGGUGCUGUGCGACACCAGCACCGACGGCGGCGGCCGAAUCGUGCCGGUGAGCACCGCCCGGGCGGCGGACGGCUGGCGGCUGUGCCCUGCCUGCGAGUGCCUGUCGCCGCCGCGCUCCUGGCACUGCAACGUUUGCGACACCUGCAUCCUGAAGCGCGACCACCACUGCGUGUUCACCGGCUGCUGCGUGGGCUACUACAAUCACCGGUACUUUGUCAUGUUCCUGUGGUACCUGUUCCUCGGCGCGGCGUACGCCUUCUGCUACGGUAGCCUCUUCAUCUGGACCAGGAUACCCUUCGAGUUCCCGAUGUCGAUCGUCAAGAUGGUCUUCCCCGUGGCGAUCUUCUUCUUCGGCUUCGACAGCUCCAUCGAUCAGUUCUACCUGUUGCUGUACGUCGUCUCGGCGGUGGGCACUUUGUACACCGGGGUGUUGUGCGUUUAUCACUUUAGUUUGAUUCUCAGGGGCGUUGUGGGCGACGAGAGCAAUAAGAAGGAUUUUAGGUACGACUUGGGCUGGAGAGAUAACAUCAGGGAGGUAUUUGGAGAACGGUGGUAUCUGAUGUGGCUGCUUCCUUAUAUUAAGUCACAGUUGCCCCACGAUGGAGUGACAUGGCAUCACUUGUGUUCGAAGAAGGAUUGAGUUACUUCAACCGACUGUUGUGAUUCUUUUUUAAACUAUGAAGUGCGUUGGAAACAUUUGUUGUCUGUAUGUUAAAAGUAUCGAAGAUACUUCUGAUGGCCAAAGAAUAAAUUUAACUGCUAGAAAGAUUACGCUUUUUUAAUCAAAGGACACUAAUUGAAGCAAUUAAUAAACAAUGUACGCUUUUUCAAUUAAAAGACAGUAAUCGAAGUAAUUAAUUAAUGAAUAAUCUACUGUAAUUCAAAGUGUAUCAUCUAUUCUGUAUCGUAGUUGUAAACAAGAUUUCUAUCAAAUAGGCAGUAUUAUAUAAUUUUAUUUAAUUAUAUAUAUAAAUCAUUGUAUUGUGUAACAAUAUGUGCAAUAGUUACUUGUAAGUUAGGAUAGUAGUGUAUGAAUGGAAGGAUGAAUGGUUAUUUGUAAACCAAGUCCACUUCUUGGCUAUGUAGCUGAAGUUAAUAAUAAAUAUAUAUAAUAUAAA